AUGCCUGAUAGUUGUUGCGCUGUUGGCUGUGUAAACAGGAGAGAGAAGGGUAGUGUUAAAAGUUUUUACCGCAUUCCUGGCGAGAGACAUUGUCAUCGAAGAAAGCCCUGGUUAACGGCGAUUAAAAGGGAGAAUUGGUCGGAGAAACAAAUAAAAUCUGCUCGUAUUUGUGGAGAUCAUUUUAACACAGGUCAUCGAUCAGACGACCCCAGCAAUCCAGAUAAUGUUCCAUCUGUAUUUACUCAUAAAAAAGUUGACCAAAAAACUAAACAGCAAAAAGUUGAAAGACAUAAAAAAUUGUUGGAAAGAAGAAAAAUCUAUCACAAGAGGUGUUCAAGUUGGAUCACAGAAAGACUGAAACUGCUUUUGUAUAAAAGGAAAAGAGGGGUCUCAGAAAAGAAUUGA